AUGAAGGUCAGUAUACUUGUUACACUUAUUGUUUUACCAAUGCUUGUAUCGCUUGGCCUUUAUUGUUACUCGUUUAUAAGUACACGUUGGAGUCGUAUUGAUGAAGAUUUAAUUCAAUAUUAUAACUCAAUAGGAGGACAACAACGUUUAGAAUCAAAUAAUAAUUCUAAUAAUACUGUUAAAUUAAAAUUAGCACUCAUUCGACAUGCAUUUCGUUCACGUUAUGGUUUAUUUGGAUAUUGUUUAGAUUAUAAAUGGAUUAAUUUACUUACUGCUAAAUUACAAACACUAAAUGAUCAUGAAUCACAACCAUUUUGUGAGCGUUGUGCGCAACCAUUACGUAUGUGUCGAGAAACAGGUUGCUGUAUGACACGAUGUAAUAAUAUACCUGAUUGUCCAACAUAUAUUGAUGAAAAAGAUUGUUCUCAUAAAUAUGGAGAAACACGUUAUUAUUGGCCUAAAGCAAAUUGUAUGUGGCAAUCAACAUGGAUUGGUGACCAAGCUUUACCACGUUAUUUACCAUCAUAUAAAAAUUCUCCAAAAGGUUUUCAUUAUUAUGUUAAACGUAUUCGAUAUUAUAUUAUGUUUCUUUUAUUUGUUGCUGCACCAUUAUUAACAUUUUUGGCUUUAUUAACUAUAUUUUGUAUAAAUUGUGUUAAACGUUUUUAUUCAGUCCCAUUUGCAUUUGUUAGUUUUUUUUCUUUAGCAUCAUUUUUAUGUGGUGCUGGUGCUCUAGGACUAUUCUUAUAUGAAUGGAUACAAGAACGUUUACAUAGAUCCGAACAUACUUAUGAAUUGGAUCAAGAAGAAGCAUUUAUUGUAGCUUUCAAUCCAUGGCUUAUACAUGCUGAACGUUUAGGUUUAGCUUUUUGGUUAACAGUUGCUGCUAUAGCUACAACUUUAUUUACAACAAUACUUAGUUGUUGUUUCUGUUGUGGAUUACAAUCGGAAAAAUCGAAAUUACGUUUUAAUGUUAAAGAUGAUACUUAUGAAAUUAUUCAUAUGGCUACUUAUGAUGAUUGA